AUGGAUGAGGCCCGUGCAGCUCUUACCAGUUCGUCGGGCACUCGCUGGGGAUCAAACUGCAAUUCCACGCUGCCGGUAAUUCCCCGCAGCAAGCCCUCAACCUCCUAUCGCGGGCGACGCAGCAGCCGCUCCCGCUUCCCCACGCGGCAGGGGAAGGGGCAGCACCGACGGGCGGCGACCACCCCCAGCAAGGACCGGCCCUCCGCGCUCCCGGUGCGCCCCCCGCCGGCGGGCCAGAGCCGAGCCGCAGCCCCGCGCCCUUCUCCGCUGCGGGCACCACUGAGGCCGCUGCGGCCGGCUCAGCCCGGCGCUGCCCAGCCCGGCCCGUCCCCACUCACCCGCCCGGCUCCGCACGGCGCGGCCCGGCUCCCCGCCGCCUCCCGGCCCGGCUCCGCACAGCGCGGCCCGGCUCCCCGCCGCCUCCCGGCCCGGCUCCCCGCCGCCUGCCGGCCCGGCUCCCCGCCGCCUCCCGGCCCGGCUCCCCGCCGCCUCCCGGCCCGGCUCCCCGCCGCCUCCCGGCCCGGCUCCCCGCCGCCUGCCGGCCCGGCUCCCCGCCGCCUCCCCGCCGCCUGCCGUCGCUUCCGGCCCCACCCGCCCCGCCCCCGGCUUCGAAAAUUGCUCUCCUGCUUUCAAAUUUAA